AUGUGAUUGUAUUUAAAUACACCACCCUCCGAGAAACGCCACACAUCAGUCAAGGCACAAAUCUCCUAAGAACUGUAGGACAGAAAACUGAAAUCUUGGCAAGUCAGACAUUAAAAUAAUGUCAUCCAUUAAGCUGAUAAGUCUGCUCCUACUGGUUGCUGUUCUUGCUGUUGAUUCUUCAAGUAUUUUAAAGAACACCAACCGAAAGUUUAGUUCCUACUGGGCUACCAAGUACCAAGCAUUCUUUGACAUCAUCGACGUUGAUGAAGAUGGCAUCGUUACUGAAGAGGAACAUGUUGGUUUAACAACAAAACGAGCUCAAAAAGUUCUGCCAUCUUGGAGAGCUAUGGCAGUGAAUGGUAUUUUUUCCAAUGCCUUUCGGGUCUUUUGGUCAAACAAAUACACAAACUAUAAAACAAACAUUACACUGGAAGAAUUUCUUCAAGAGUCUGAGAUAGAUAUUCCUAUUUCAACAGAGAAGGUCGCUGAAAUCUCAUCAAAUAUGUUUGGCACGUUUGAUAUUGACUGCAAUGGCAAGUUGACAAUAGAUGAGUAUUCCAAAUUCCUUUUUAUUUUUCGCAACACAGCCAAGAUUCAACCAAUUUUUGAUGCUAUUGAUCAGAAUGCAAAUGGCUUACUUGAUGCUGAGGAAUUUGUGAGUGCAUGGGACCUCUAUUGGUACCAUCAAAAGUUCAGCACCACUGAUAUCAUUUUAGGCAGCCGUGACUAAUGAUGUUGGCAAUGACUAAAGGUAGCAUGUUACUGAUUGCUGCUUUGCUGUUUCUUCUUCCCAUCUGACUGCAUUUUAGUCAUGUGGUGCUUUUGAUUGGCUACCAUGUUAUACA